AUGGGGCUGAUGGUCGUAGCCAAGAUUGCAGUAUUUGCCGCCUAUGCGGGAGCAGUCCCUCCGCUCGGCUUGAGGUGUGGCUCUGCAGCCUUCUACAUGCUUCCCAGGCUGGAGAACACCAACACACAUUCAGUGUUGGUGUCAUUUGAAGAUGUGGCUGUGGACUUUACCCAGGAAGAAUGGCAGACAAUGGACAAUACUCAGCGGACCCUGUACAGGGAGGUGAUGCUUGAGACCUAUACCAAUCUGCUGUCCUUGGGGUACUCCAUGGCAAAGCCUGAUGUGAUCUUCAAGUUGGAGCAAGAAUCAGCACCAUGGAUAGUGGAGAAAUCUGUCAACCAGGGACUUCCAGAUCCCCAUGGAAAGAAUGAGCUGCUUGGAGCGAAUCAGAAAGGUCAAGACAUAAUCUUCAGGAAGCCUGAUGAAAUCGCAUUUGAAAAGAAGCAUGCCUCUAAUGUCCCUGAGAACAACCACGAGAGUGAGGGAAAUCUCAGUCAGCUUGACAAGAUCCACAUUUGUCAGCAGUCCUUUGAACACAAUGGGAAAGAGAAAACUUUCAAUGGGAAGAAGAUAGUCCUCAUGGGUAAGCAAGUUUAUACCAAAGAGCCAUGUAAUCAGCAACCUGUCAGUGUGGGAGAAGCAAUUCAUGUUGGCUACUAUAAAUCUUGCCUUACCACCAAACAGAGAACUAACACAGGAGAAUAUUUGUAUGUGUCCAGUGAAUGUAAAGAAAACAUGUACCAGAAGUCAGAACUCAUUAGAGAUCAGAUCCUUCAAAGUGCAGAGAAUCCAUAUGAAUGCAAUGAGCAUGGAAAAACCUUUCACCAGCAAUUAUCUCUCAUUAGGCAUCAGAGCAUUGACACGGGGAAAAAAUCUUAUCAAUGUAGUGCGUGUGGAAAAGCUGUUUUUUGUAAGUCACACCUCAUUCGACAUCAGAGAAGCCACACUGGGGAAAAACCUUAUGAAUGUAGUGAGUGUGGAAAAGCUUUUUGUCAGAAGCCACACCUCCUUGCACAUCAGAGAAUCCACACUGGGGAAAAACCUCAUGAAUGUAGUGAGUGUGGAAAAGCUUUUUCUAAUAAGUCAAGCAUUAGAUCACAUCAGAGAAUCCACACUGGGGAAAAACCUCAUGAAUGUAGAGAGUGUGGGAAAUGCUUUUCUUGUAAGUCACACCUCAUUAGACAUCAGAGAAUCCACACUGGGGAAAAACCUUAUGAAUAUAGUGAGUGUGGGAAAUGCUUUUCUUGUAAGUCAAACCUCAUUAGACAUCAGAGAAUCCACACAGGGGAAAAACCUUAUGAAUGUAGUGAGUGUGGAAAAGCUUUUUCUCAGAAGUCACACCUCAUUGCACAUCAGAGGAUCCACACAGGGCAGAAACCUUAUGAAUGUAGUGUGUAUCUUAAAGCCUUUACUUACCAAACAGGUUUCAUUUGACAUCAGGGAAUCCAUACAGGAUAA